CUCAGAAGCCGCAAGCCAGGCUGCCCCACGUUCGCCCAGUCCUCCCAGGGUCCACGCAAGAUGGAACAGAGUCGGAGGUUGCAGCUCAGAAUUCAGUUUUGCAGACGUCCCCAGGCUCCCGCCCGGACUCGGAUUAAGGGAGUAAAUCCCCGAUGCCACAGACCAGGUCAAGGACAAGUUCUCCCCCGCCCGGCUCCCCCAUCCUGGGCGGGGAUUCACCCCCCUUCCGGGAUGAAAGCUUGCUAUGGCAUCGUCCAGGUGCCAACGGGACCCUGGUUCUGCAGGAAAUGUGAAUCUCAGGAGCGAGCAGCCAGGGUGAGGUGUGAGCUGUGCCCACACAAAGACGGGGCAUUGAAGAGGACUGACAAUGGAGGCUGGGCACAUGUGGUGUGUGCCCUCUACAUCCCGGAGGUGCAGUUUGCCAACGUGCUCACCAUGGAGCCCAUCGUGCUGCAGUAUGUGCCUCAUGAUCGCUUCAACAAGACCUGUUACAUCUGUGAGGAGCAGGGCCGGGAGAGCAAGGCUGCCUCGGGAGCCUGUAUGACCUGUAACCGCCAUGGAUGCCGACAGGCUUUCCAUGUCACCUGUGCUCAGAUGGCAGGCCUACUAUGUGAGGAAGAAGUGCUGGAGGUGGACAAUGUCAAGUACUGUGGCUACUGCAAAUACCACUUCAGUAAGAUGAAGACAUCCCGGCAUACCAGUGGUGGUGGAGGAGGAGCAGGAGGAGGCGGAGGUGGCAGUGGAGGCAGCAGUGGCGGCAGCAGCAAUGCUGGUGGUGGCGGUUGUGGUGGCACAGGUGGAGGUGGUGGUGGCGGUGGCGGUGGCAGCAGCAGCUUCCUCACUGGCAGGAGAAGCCGGUCAGCCUCGCCAUCUACCCAGCAGGAGAAGCACCCUACCCACCACGAGAAGGGCCAGAAGAAGAGUCGAAAGGACAAAGAACGCCUUAAACAGAAGCACAAGAAGCGGCCUGAGUCCCCCUCCAGCAUCCUCACCUCGCCUGUGGUCCCCACUGCUGAAAAGGUCUCCUCAGCUUCUUCUUCCUCCCACCAUGAGGCCAGCACUCAGGAGACCUCCGAGAGCAGCAGGGACUCAAAGGGGAAAAAGUCUUCCAGCCAUAGCUUGAGUCAUAAAGGGAAGAAACUGAGCAGUGGGAAAGGCUCGUCCCUGCAGAGCUCCCCUGACUUCUCAGCGUUCCCCAAACUGGAGCAGCCAGAGGACGACAAGUACUCCAAGCCCGCAGUCCCUACCCCACCAGCCCCUCCCUCGCCCACAGCUCCUGAACCCCCCAAGGCUGACCUCUUUGAACAGAAGGUGGUCUUCUCUGGCUUUGGGCCCAUCAUGCGCUUCUCCACCACCUCUAGCUCCAGCAGGACCCGUGCCCCCUCCCCUGGGGACUAUAAGUCUCCCCAUGUCUCAGGGGCUGGGGCCUCAGCAGGCACCCACAAGCGGAUGCCUGCACUGAGUUCCACCCAUGGACCUGCGGAGGAAACCCCUGAAACAAGCCUGAAGGAGAAGAAGCACAAAGCCAGCAAGAGGAGCCGACAUGGGCCGGGCCGUCCCAAGGGCAGCCGCAGCAAAGAGGGCAAUGGCGGCCCUGUUGCCUCCCUUCCCGGGGCUCAGCUGGCUGGCUUUACCGCCACUGCUGCCUCACCCUUCUCCGGAGGUUCCCUGGUCAGCUCUGGCCUCGGAGGGCUGGCCUCCCGCACGUUUGGGCCUUCAGGAAGUUUGCCCAGCCUGAGCCUGGAGUCCCCCCUGCUGGGGGCAGGCAUCUACACCAGUAAUAAAGAUCCCAUCUCCCAUGGUGGAGGGAUGCUACGGGCUGUAUGCAGCACCCCACUCUCUUCCAGCUUGCUGGGGCCACCAGGGACCUCAGCUUUGCCCCGCCUCAGCCGUUCCCCAUUCACCAGCACCCUCCCUUCCUCCUCUGCUUCCAUUUCCACCACUCAGGUGUUUUCUCUGGCUGGCUCUACCUUCAGCCUUCCUUCUUCCAACAUCUUUGGAACCCCCAUGGGCACCGUGAACCCCCUCCUCACCCAAGCUGAGAGCAGUCACACAGAGCCAGACCUGGAGGACUGCAGUUUCCGGUGUCAUGGGACCUCCCCUCAGGAGAGUCUGUCUUCCAUGUCUCCUAUCAGUAGCCUCCCUGCGCUCUUUGACCAGACAACACCUGCACCCUGUGGGGGUGGCCAGUUAGACCCUGCAGCCCCAGGAACAACUAACAUGGAGCAACUGCUGGAGAAACAGGGCAAUGGCGAGGCCGGCGUCAACAUUGUGGAGAUGCUCAAGGCGCUGCAUGCACUGCAGAAGGAAAACCAGCGGCUACAGGAGCAGAUCCUAAGCCUGACAGCCAAGAAGGAGCGACUACAGAUCCUCAAUGUGCAGCUCUCUGUGCCCUUCCCUGCCCUGCCUGCUGCUCUGCCUGCCACAAAUGGCCCUAUCCCAGGGCCCUAUGGUUUGCCUCCUCAAGCCGGCAGCAGCGACUCCUUGAGCACCAGCAAGAGCCCUCCGGGGAAGAACAGCCUUGGCCUGGACAACUCCCUGUCCACGUCUUCCGAGGACCCACACUCAGGCUGUCCGAGCCGCAGCAGCUCAUCGCUGUCCUUCCAUAGCACGCCCCCACCGCUGCCCCUGCUCCAGCAGAGCCCUGCCACUUUGCCCUUGGCCCUGCCUGGGGCCCCUGCCCCAGUCCCGCCCCAGCCGCAGAAUGGGUUGGGGCGGGCACCUGGGGCAACGGGUCUGGGGGCCAUGCCCAUGGCUGAGGGGCUGUUGGGUGGGCUGGCAGGCAGUGGGGGCCUGCCCCUCAAUGGGCUUCUGGGAGGGUUGAAUGGGGCUGCUGCUCCCAACCCUGCGGGCUUGAGCCAGGCUGGCGGGGCCCCCACACUGCAGCUGCCAAGUUGUCUCAACAGCCUGACCGAGCAGCAGAGACACCUCCUUCAGCAGCAAGAACAGCAGCUUCAGCAGCUCCAGCAGCUUCUUGCCUCCUCACAGCUGACCCCGGAGCACCAGACCAUGGUCUACCAGAUGAUCCAGCAGAUCCAGCAGAAACGGGAGCUGCAGCGGCUACAGAUGGCUGGGGGCUCCCAGCUGCCUAUGGCCAGCCUCCUGGCUGGAAGCUCCACCCCACUGCUGUCUGCGGGCACCCCUGGCCUGCUGCCCACAGCAUCGGCCCCACCCCUGCUGCCCGCUGGAGCCCUGGUGGCCCCCUCACUUGGCAACAACACAAGUCUCAUGGCUGCAGCAGCUGCAGCUGCAGCAGUAGCAGCAGCAGGGGGACCACCAGUCCUGACUGCCCAGACCAACCCCUUUCUCAGCCUGCCAGGGGCGGAUGCCAGCGGGAAUGGUCCCAAAGGAGGGACUGCUGACAAAGGAGCCUCAGCUAGCCAGGAAAAAGGCUAAAUCUACCCUGCCUCUGCUGACCCCUACAUGGCUUGAGGGGCCUUGCCUGGAGUGGGCACCUGGGCCCAGACACUGGAGAGCUAGGUCCAGAGCCUGUGCUGAUCCCCAAGGAGUAUGUGCGGGGAGCCCCAGGUUCUGAGAACAAAGACUGGAGGGGAGCUCUUCUACCUGGCUCAUUCCCUAGCUGUGCCAGCUGCUUCAGGAGAGAGUCCAGGGAAGGACAGGCUCCAAGCAUGUCUAGGAGCCCUCCUUAGCAGAUGUCUAGGGGCCCCUAAGAAAGCAAAGUGGGCCAUGGCAUAAAAAGUGGAGGGUUGGUUGGACUUAACACAUAAAACGGAUCAGCACUUGAAUGGGGAGAGUGGAGGGUGGGCCCUGGGCCUGACCCUGUAUGGAAAUCCUUUAUGGAUAAAGGGCUGGCCCCACUUGACCUUCAGUUUCUUCCCAACCUGGGCAGAAGGCAGAAGGAAUCCCUUUGUUUCUCAUAAUCCCUCCCUGCCAAGGGUCACAAGCUGAGCUUGUAGAAGCCCAUAGAUGUGGGGUGCUGAGGAAGGGCAGGAUAGCACCUCUUGGGGCCCCAUGAUGGGGCUGAGGUGGAGUUCCUCGCUGUCCUUGGCACCCUGUCCCUUUUUGCACUAUUGGCUUGAGGAGUGCCGAGGGUGGGGAGAAGGAGCUGCCUGACUCCACAGAGCGUGAAUGUGUAUGCGUGUGUCUGUUUGCCUGUCUGUCUCUUCCUCUGGACCUGGGGCAGUCAAGGGCAGGGAUAGAGCAGUAGUCAACACCAGAAUAGGAGCACCUAGCUCUUGUAUCCUCUAUCCUCCUCUCCCUCACCAGCUCUGGUCCCUUUCCAGGGCAUGAAUGGCUAACUUUUUAAAAACCAGAACAAUACUCUAGUAUUGGAGAGUACCUGGGAGCUGGGGGCUUUGAAUCAGGGUAAUAUCCUGCCUUCCCUCCCCUGAAUCCCACUCCUUCUCAGGGCCUCCUCCUUGAGAGGUAGUUUGGUCCUUCUUCCCUGGCACAGGGGAUGAGGGGAGAGACGAGGGGGUAAAGUGCCACUGCUUUCAGCAGAAGUCUCCCUCUGGAAGUAUCUAGUCUGCCUCUUGUAUUCCACUCCUUUGUAAGCUAAUAACUGUCCUCUUGCCUACCAGCUAUUUUCUGAGGUGUAAUGGGUGGCAGAGUCUGUUUGCCCAGGGCCCUUGUGAAAAAGGCUGAGUGGGUCAUGGGAGCACAGCAGUGGAGGCCUGUGUCCCUAUCAGUUGCACUGGCCAGGACUGAGGGUCAGUCCCAGCUUUCCCUGAUGCUCAUGUCUGUGGGUCUCUUUGCAUGUGUGCAUUUUGGUGUGUUUCUGUUUGGGUUUUUGUUGUCAUUGGGGUUUUUGUUUUGUUUUGUUUUUUGUUUUUUUUUAAAUAAAGAAAAGAUGUGUAUAUUUUUGGCAAUGACAGAAACGUAGUGCAGAUAUAUUUUUGCCUGUGCUGCUCAACUGUUUUUUUUUCUGAUAUGGAAAAUAAUAUUAAUAUUCCCAUUGACAAGACUUUGUAAGAUGUCAGGGAGCUGGUUGAUGGGCAGGGUGGGUUGGGACCCUCCAGAGGCAAACUCUUAAGCACUUGGAAGGGCUUUUGGAGGCAGUUGUGAUGACCUCAGAAAUACUGUCAGAAAGACAUGCUAGAACUCAGCAUUUUAUUCUUCUUCAUCUGUUAACCUGUUUAACUCCCUGCCCCCAAGCUACUGAAAAACAAAAUAACCUUCAGAUUCUUAGAAGACUUGCUCAUCCACACCCACGCCCUUGCCUCCUGGCUGCCCACUGAGAGCCAAGUAGUUCCUGUUCUGAUGUUUUGGGAAGGCCAUCUGUGGCAUGCUGUGUAGAGUAGGAACCAUUCAGUGCACUGGAACAGAUGAUAUGCAGCACAGUUCUGCCCUCCCCAGCCCUAGUCACUUGGAUUCCAGAGCUCUGGUCUCCUGCUUUCUCAAGCCCCCUUUCCUCCUUUAGGUUAAAUUUGGUAAGAACUUUGGGCCAUGUAUGGAUUGGUGCUGCUCCUUGUACUAGGACAGGAGGGAAGAUGUGACACUUACUGUACAGCAGCAUCAUCAUAGGAACAGCUCUAACCAUCCUUGGGAGAAAGGAUACCAGGAUACUGGAGGGUAGUCAUAAUGACCUCAGACCUUUCUAGGCCUUUCUAGCCUCAGUCCAUUUUUUGAGACGGAGUUUGGUGCAGGGUAAGAAGGGGUGCAGAUUUGAGAUUCUCAGUCUGGGGGAAGGGAAGGAUGUGGUUUGCAGAGCGGAAAUAAGAGUCUGAGAAUGCAUGAGUGGAGCUUAGUGUCACCACCCUCUGUGAGGAUGCAUGCUGAGCCUGUACCGCUAAGGGGUCAACCCUGGUGGGUGUCAGAGCUCUAAGGGAUCUGUUUUUAGGGAUCAUUGGAGUUGUCUCUUAGCUUCACAGGUGACAGCUAUAAGCCAAGGAGGGACAGGUACUCACUGACAGAGCUGUGAUGAGCUUUAGUAUCUGGCCUUCUGGGUCAUCCAUAUCCCACUGUGUGGCCUCUUAGAAGCAGCUGGUGGGUUGGCUGACUGUCCCUGUGUGUGUGAUGUGUGUGGUCAUGUGUGAAUGUAGGGCUGUGCCCAUGGUGGGAAGGUGUCUAUGUAGCACUGACUGUCUUAGCUCUGAGCUGACGAAUCCUCUCCAUAGACAAUGACACUUUAAGGGUUGCCUUUUAAACAAUGAGUUGUAUCCCCUGCCCUGGACCCCCAGCUUGUGGGUUUCCCCCUCAGGCUUCUGGGUCUACUGCUACCCCUGAUCUUGAGGCUGGUGACCUUUUCCUUUUUCCUGUGUUGAGACCUAGGGAGUAACCACCCUAGAUGCAUAGGAAGGGCCUAGACAAAUGAGGGGCACCCCAAGAAGGGGUAACAUUCAUAUUUCCCUUUUCCCAAACUGGAAAUGCUGACAGGUUUUCAAAGACAGACUUCCUGCCAGCUUCCAGGAUCAUCCUUGGAGUACGAUGGGCCAGAGGGAGUAGCAGGCAGGCAGCUGACUUCCAGGUCUCCAGUGCAGUUUAUUUUCCUGGGGAGAGGUGCCUAGUGGGGUGGUGAUAACUUCAACUGGGAACUUGGAGGAAGAUAGGGCCAGGCAUUCCCUCUAGCACUACAACCUGGAUUUACAAGUGUGUCUGACUCCCGACCAUUUUGUCUUGAUCUACUGAAGAGUUAGGAACUGAGGAGUGCCCAUUUCUCCUGUUUUCACUUUUUCCAGCCCAAUUUGGGACUGGACACCCAGACCCUGGCUCCCUCCUUUCCAUCCCAGCCUGUUUCCAUGUAGCAGACCCUUCCUAGGGGAGCAGGGAGGGGAAGCCACAGAUUGCAAACCCAGGGGCUCUUUUUUCAUUCUUUCAGAAACCUUUAUAUCCUCAGCCCAAAAGGCAAUGUUCCCCUGUCACCUCCAAGCCUGGAAUUGUGCAUAACCUGGGUCUUGUAUCUUUGUAUAACGGAUGUUAUUUGUACGAAGGGCAGUUCGUAAACAGCACUUGUUCUUUUAAUAAAAGAAU